AUGAUAGGAUUAUUUCAAAUAAUAGCAAAUUCUAUAACUCAUCAAAAAGAAUCUAUCAACAAUAAACAAACAUAAAUAUUAAAUUUGUAAAGGGAAAUAAAUAAAAUCUUUGAGAAUAUUGAAUAGGUGGAUAUUAAUCUAUAAAAGCGUAAUUAAUUAUGAUAACUUUUAAGUCUUAUUAAGUUAAGAGUAAUUGUUUUAGAACUUAGGUUAAUGGUAAUCCUAAAUAUUUCAAAAAGCUCAAUCAAUUAAUGAAAUGGAAAAAUAAAUCGACAAUCUAAGGAUUAUAAUUAAUUUUCUUUCAAUCCUAGUUGCUCAUUGUUAUUUAUUCUUAGUUUGCUACUAGUUACUAUUUUCUCAUCACCUACAUAGUUUACUAAAUAUUUUUAAUAGUGAUAUUUGUUUUUAAUUGCUAUAUCAUUUGAAUUCAAGAUAGAUGCAAUAUUUAGAAUUAGUUAAAUACAUGAUGUCAGGAAUAGCAACAUUAAUAGCAGUUUUGGGAUUAUAAGUAACUGAAAUGUCAUUGUAUUAUACAUUUUCUGAAAUCAUAGAUACUUUUCAAAUAUCAAGUAAACUACAUCCAAUUUAUGAUAACAGAUUUAAUCACAAUAGUAAUUUAAUUAAUUGCAUAUUUUUUCAUGUAACAUCAGUAUUAUUAUUUUUAGAUUUUUAUUGAAUGUUUAUAUAAGUCCUUACUUUGUUAUAAUCAAAAUAUCCAUAAUUUUAUUCUUUUCAAUUCAAUAAUACUUAAUCAAAAGCUAUGUAAUUAAUAUAAAUAUAUAGUUUAUUUUACUUGAAGAGGAUUAGCCUACAAACUAAAUAAAUUUUAUAGAAGAAAUCAAUAAAAUAAAUGAUAUUUUGGGAAUUUUAUUGCCUAAAUUUGUAAGUCAUAGUCUAAAUGUAAGUAAAUUAAUUUAAAAUUGUUUUAGCUGAAUAAUAUAACAUCCAUAAAAACCAGGGAAAUGUAGCCAUUGUAUUUUGCGAUAUUUGUAAAUUUGAUUAAAUUAUAAUGGAAGAGUAAGAAAAUAUAAUAUCAUUCUUGGAUGACUUGUUUCAACCUUUUGAUAAAUAUUGUGAAAUAUGUGGUGUUUAUAAAAUUGAAACUGUUGUCAAAACAUAUAUGGCAGCAGCUGGACUUAAGGCUUGUGAAUCAGAAUUAGCAUAUCUAUCAGAAAUUCAACCUGUUUAAAGAGCAUUAAACUUAGCCGAAAUGAUGAUUACUUACAUUAGAUCAAAACUGUAUUUUUAAAUAGUUAUUAUAUUAGAUGGGGCCAUUAAAGUUAGCCUUUAAUUGGUAAGAUUGGGAUUCAUUAUGGAAGAGCAAUUUCUGGUGUUAUAGGAUUUCACAAACCUUAAUUUUCAUUAAUUGGAGAUACAGUUAACACUAGCAUGUUCAACAGGCUAAGAAGAUAAAAUCACUUUGUCUGAGAGGGCCAUUGAAUAAUUAAAGAAUGAGAAACUA